AUGGUAGACACAUUCGACAGUGUGAGAGUGCACUUGAAGAUGUCAGUUGCCAACGACCGAGUCAAGGAAGACGCAAAAGCUCUUGGUGUGACGGCGGUGGUCCUGGCAGCAGGAAGCUGUGACAACCUGCUUCCACUGACAAACGCAACACCAAAGGCUCUAAUCAAAGUAGGGCAUAGAUCCCUCAUAUGCGGCACCAUUGACAACCUCGUUGCAGCCGGAAUAUACACAAUCCACAUCAUCGUCAGCGUAGACGACCAGAAGUGCAUCGAAGACCACGUGCGGUCGGAGUUCGCAGCAGAGGGGACUUAUGGGACGCGCAACGGCGGAAACGACAAACUUGAUAUAUCGCUGCACCCCAUAGUGGACAGAGAUGAACUCAUCUCAACAACAACCGACGUGCUCAGGUACGCAUCGGAGCUGAUGGAGACGGACUUUAUGGUUGUUCCCUGCGACCUGUUCGGCACCUUAAACAUUCGCGGCCUCGUGGAAAGCCAUCUGUCAACCAAAAGACUAUGCACGGUUGCGCUUCUCGAGGAGAAAUCCAAUCCGCAGGAGACCAAAAAAACCAAGCAGACGCCAGAUGACCAAAUCGCUCCAGGAGGAGACCCUGUGAAGGGAUGGGGGUACAAAUACAGGGUCAUGGCCACCAUGGACGCGGAUAACUCGCAAUUGCUGGGAAUAGCGGAUCUGCUCACCAUCAACAGCGGGGAGACCUACGCCGUUGACAAGUGGACUGCAAGGAGGCACCCAAGGUGCGUCAUUAGAAACGACCUAUACGAUGCGCACAUAUACGUGUUCUCGAAACAUAUACGCGCCAUCGCUGAGCUUCCGUGCAUGGAGCACACGUCCAUCAGGCUCGACCUUAUCCCGCACAUUGUGAAGAUGCAAGAGGUACCAGAUGCCGCAACGUGGCCCUCUCGCGAAACAACGAGCAACGGAACACAGGAGGAAAGGGUUUAUGUCAAGGACAUCGAGCAAAAUGAUGCCAGCGACGCCAUGCGGGUCUUCCACUACAUGGACAUCGGGGACUCAACGAAGUGCGGCAGGGUCAACAGCCUGGAGGCGCUCAUGAACGUUAACAUGCAGAAGGCUGUCGAAGGCGCGCAAAAACAAGCUGGACAGGCGGCGCAGGCGGCCGGCGUGAAGAUGCGCGAUGUCAUUAUCGCAACGGGAUGCAACAUAGGCGAGGGGACGAAUGCGAGGGGAUGCGUUAUGGGUGAAAACGUGACCAUCGGCAAAAACUGCAAGCUCUCCAAGUGUGUCAUCAUGAACGACGUCACACUCCAGGAUAACGUAAACCUAGACAGGUGUAUCAUCGGACAGGGCGCAACCGUGUCCACCAAAGCGACGCUGAAGCACGUAGUAGUCGCGCCUGACCACACCGUCCCGAACAACACACGCGUAGAACGCGACUUCCUGCCCUCGUUCAUAGACCAAUGA